AAACAGCUAUAAAUAUACGACCCCACCUAGAGUUUCAUUCAUCAAUAUUGCUCCCCUUUGGCUUGACAAUGGAAGCCAAUAGGUCGGCAAACAGUCGGUUGGCGUUGGUUAAGGACUCGAUAGUGAAAAUAAGAAGCAAGGUGGCUGAAUUUCCAGGGAAAAUGAAGAAAGUAGCAGAAGAUGAUCCUAGAAGAAUUGUUCAUUCGUUUAAAGUAGGAUUAGCCAUCACCCUCGUCUCACUCUUCUACUAUUUUGAUCAUCUAUAUGUUGGUUUUGGCAGCUCAGCAAUGUGGGCUGUUUUAACUGUCAUUGUCGUCAUUGAGUUCUCUGUAGGAGCAACUCUUGGCAAAGGCUUAAACAGGGGAUUGGCAACAUUUUUAGCUGGAGCACUGGGCUUUGGAGCUCACCACUUAGCUAACUUGCCUGGACAGGAACUUCAGCCUAUAUUACUGGGAAUCUUUGUGUUCAUUCUAGCUGCAACAGUGUCGUUUAUACGAUUCUUUCCACGAAUGAAGGUCAGAUAUGAUUACGGGCUCCUUAUAUUCAUGUUGACCUUUUGCUUGAUAUCUGUUUCUGGUUAUCGUGAUGAAGAGGUGCUUGAAAUGGCUCAUAAAAGAGUAUCCACUAUUCUAAUUGGUGGAUUUACGGCUAUUUUUGUCUGCAUUUUCAUCUGCCCCGUUUGGGCUGGCGAAGAUCUUCAUAAUUUGGUUGCCAACAAUCUUGAAAAGGUUGCAAGCUUCUUAGAAGGUUUUGGGGAUGAAUACUUCCGAAAAUCAAGCGAACCAGAGUCAAACAAAGCAUCAUUACAAGUAUAUAAAAACAUACUCAAUUCAAAGCAAAGCGAAGAAUCUUUGGUUAAUUUUGCUAGAUGGGAACCCCCACAUGGGCUGUUCAGAUUUCGCCAUCCUUGGAAACAAUACCUGAAGAUUGGAAGUCUCACUCGACAAUGUGCUUAUAGAAUUGAAGCCCUUAAUGGUUGCCUCAACUCUGAUGUACAGGCCUCACCAGAAACCUGUGGAAAUUUUCGAGAAGCAUUCAUCAAAGCAAGUUCAGAAACAGGGAAAGCUGUCAAGGGAUUAGCAUCAGCUAUGAGAACAAUGACUCUACCAUCAGCUGAUUGUCCUCAAACCACAAAAUCGAAGAACGCAGCUGACAACCUUAAAUCGUUGCUCAGAACAGGGUUGUGUCAAGGCAUAGAUAUCGUAGAGAUUCUAGAAGUGGCAACAGUAGCUUCAUUGCUGCUUGAUGUUCUUGCUUGUACUGAAAAAAUUUCAGAGUCGAUUCAUGAAUUAGCCUCUCUAGCGCAUUUCAAGAGAUUGGAACCUGAUGAAAAAGAUGGGAAACCAGAUUUAGAUAAGCAGAAACAAGUGCGGCAAAGUCCUAAUAGCAUUGCUUCAAACCAUCAUCAUCAUAUUAUUAUAAUUGAGUAGCCAUUAACUUGAGAGCAAACAUGUUUGUGACUGAAUUGAGUAUACUUAAUUUUUAAAAGAAAAUUUUGUGGGUGAUGGAGGGGAAAACUAGUUUGAGCUAAGUCUGGAGCAUCAUCCAACUUUUUUUUUUUUUUAUGGAAUCCGAAUAUUUUUGGACUGAAUUUUCUACUUUUGAAUAGAAAAGUUCUUAUCAACUUCGCAA